AUAAUCACCCGCUGACUAUUUUCAACCAACCACAAAGAUAUCGGUACUCUAUAUCUUAUUUUUGGGGCCUGAGCAGGAAUAGUAGGAACUGCCCUUAGCCUCCUUAUCCGAGCUGAGCUGAGUCAACCAGGCUCCCUCUUGGGCGAUGAUCAGAUCUAUAAUGUCAUUGUUACCGCCCACGCCUUCGUCAUAAUUUUCUUUAUGGUCAUGCCCAUCCUAAUCGGAGGCUUCGGUAACUGACUUGUCCCCCUGAUAAUUGGGGCCCCUGACAUAGCCUUCCCCCGAAUGAAUAACAUAAGCUUUUGAUUACUCCCCCCGUCAUUUCUACUCCUCUUGGCAUCCGCCGGAGUCGAAGCAGGGGCAGGAACCGGCUGAACUGUAUACCCCCCUCUGGCUGGGAACCUUGCACACGCAGGCCCAUCAGUCGACUUAACCAUUUUUUCCCUCCACCUUGCGGGUGUAUCAUCUAUCCUAGGCGCAAUUAAUUUUAUUACAACAACCCUUAACAUGAAGCCACCAUCAAUGACUCAAUACCAAACACCCUUAUUUGUAUGAUCCGUCUUGAUUACUGCUGUUUUACUCCUACUCUCCCUGCCAGUCCUCGCUGCAGGAAUCACUAUACUCCUCACUGACCGAAACCUAAACACAACAUUCUUUGACCCUGCUGGCGGAGGCGACCCCAUCCUCUAUCAACACCUCUUUUGAUUCUUCGGUCACCCAGAAGUCUACAUCCUCAUCCUCCCUGGGUUCGGAAUUAUUUCCCACGUAGUUACAUUCUACUCAAGCAAAAAAGAACCAUUCGGUUACAUAGGAAUAGUCUGGGCAAUAAUGUCUAUUGGCCUCCUAGGAUUUAUUGUCUGAGCCCACCACAUGUUUACAACUGACCUUAAUGUGGAUACACGAGCCUACUUCACUUCGGCCACAAUAAUUAUUGCCAUCCCAACAGGGGUAAAAGUUUUCAGCUGACUGGCAACUAUACAUGGUGGGGUAAUCAAAUGAGAUGCCCCUAUGCUAUGAGCCCUUGGCUUUAUCUUUUUAUUCACAGUUGGUGGGUUAACUGGCAUUAUUCUAGCAAACUCAUCUCUAGAUAUUGUUCUCCAUGAUACCUACUAUGUUGUUGCCCAUUUCCACUAUGUUUUAUCAAUAGGAGCUGUAUUUGCCAUUAUGGCUGGGUUUGUUCACUGAUUCCCGCUAUUCACGGGCUACACUCUCCAUGAAACCUGAGCAAAAAUCCACUUCGGGGUGAUAUUUACCGGGGUCAAUCUUACCUUCUUCCCUCAACAUUUUCUUGGCCUAGCCGGCAUGCCCCGACGAUAUUCAGACUACCCUGACGCAUAUACACUUUGAAACACCGUAUCAUCCAUUGGCUCCCUAAUUUCCCUUGUAGCCGUAAUCAUCAUGAUAUUCAUUAUUUGAGAAGCUUUUUCAUCCAAACGCCUACUUAUUUCUGCAAGCAUAACAUCAACCAAUGUAGAAUGACUCUACGGAUUUCCCCCUCUUCAUCAUACCUUUGAGGAAGCUUCUUUUUCCCAAACUAAUUAA